CAGCAUGUUUCGCCUUUUGAUUGGAUUGUGUAUCAUUGGAUUAUCGCUUGCGGGCACCGUCUUCCAGAGCGGUGUGCCCAUGCCGGAUGGUCGCAUUGUGGGCGGACAGGAUGCAGACAUUCACCACUAUCCUCACCAAAUCUCCAUGCGAUACAGAGGAAAUCACAGAUGCGGCGGCUCAGUGCUGACCAGCAAUAUAAUCGUGAGCGCAGCCCAUUGUGUCAACACACUCAAGAAAGAAGAUACAGCCAAUCUGACCAUUGUGGGUGGCUCCACCACACUUUAUCCCAAAGGACAAGAGUUGCCCGUGCGUGAAUUUUUUGUACACGAAAAGUACAGGACGCUUAACAAUGAUUACGACGCUGCCAUUUUGGUGCUGGAUGGAGAAUUCGAGUUCAACGAAUCCCUGCAGCCCAUUGCGCUCGCUGAGAAGCGUCCCGAGAACGGCACAGUGGUCAUUGUAACCGGCUGGGGUGUAACUGAGGAAGACGGCAAGAUUCCAAACGUUCUGCAGUCGGUGGAAGUGAACGUGGUGGAGAACUCUCAAUGCAAGAGCGCCUACUCCGUGAUGCUAACCAGUCGCAUGUUGUGCGCGGGCGUCAGUGGCGGCGGCAAGGAUGCCUGCCAAGGUGACUCUGGCGGUCCUCUGAUCUACAACAACGAGCUGCUGGGCAUUGUUUCCUGGGGUACUGGCUGUGCGCGUCCCAAAUAUCCAGGUGUCUAUGCCUCUGUGCCCGAUGUGAAGGAUUGGAUUAUAAAGAUGCGCGACGCCAAGGCCAAUGUGGGCAAAAUUGAUUUUCUAUAAGAUCGUACAAGAUUAAAAGAUUUUCAAACAAGCUUUAUUUACAACAAA